AUGAGCGGAAAGAAGAUUCUCACCGCGCCCUGGUCUCGCGCCUCCACAAUUAUUACCCUUCCGAUCUCAACCCGCCAUUCCAUCCUCCGAGCACUCCUGCGGCAAGAGCUCUCUACCUUAACUCCUCGAAGCCCGUCCCGUGCAUCGUCAACGCAAAUCUCCCCGGAUCGAAUUGUGCGACCUCUCGUGCCACCGCCCAAAGAAGGCUCUGGCCCUCUUCUCUUGCGGCGCCCGGAUCGCGAACUCCCAGAUGUUCAGAAGGUGAACAUCUGGGUGAAAACGCUCCCUAUCUUCAUCCUGCUGAUUGCAGCGUCGAGUCUCGCCAUCUUCAACUACCAAAAAUCGUCAUCGUCAACGGUCAACUCAAUUCUUUACGCACUGCGCACGAACGAGCACGCCCGCGAACUGCUUGGCGACGAGAUCUACUUUGCCGGUAGCGUGCCCUGGAUCCGGGGUACGCUGAACCCCUUGCACGGGAAUAUUGAUAUCAACUUCUGGGUGAAGGGCACGAAAGCUACGGCACAGACCCGAUUCGUGUCAAUUCGAAAGAAAGGAGAUGUGUAUUUUAAAACGUUAGAAUGGAGUUUGAAGACCAAGGAUGGGCGAGAGAUUCAGUUGCUGGAGAUGGAGGGUGCGAAGGAUCCAAUGCAGCAAGAGCCAAAGAUGUGA